GCGAUUGCAUUUCAGCCAUGGCGUUUGCACGGUGCCUUCUCUAUAUUUUCCUGUUUGCCCUCCUCCUCGCUGAACUCUUCGCGGAGGAGCACUUCAUUGUGGGUGGCCAGAAUGCCGCCGAGGGGGAGGCCCCCUACCAGGUGUCGCUGCAAACCCUUGUGGGCAGUCACUUGUGCGGUGGUGCCAUCAUAUCGGAUCGCUGGAUACUCACGGCGGGUCUGUGUGUCAAAGGCUAUCCGGCCAGCAGACUACAGGUGGCCACUGGAACAGUUCGCUAUGCACAACCAGGAGCGGUCUACUAUCCGGAAGCCAUCUACCUUCAUUGCAACUACGACAGUCCCAAGUACCAGAAUGAUAUUGGUCUGCUACAUUUAAACGAGAGUGUUGUUUUUGAUGCCUUAACUCAGGCGGUUGGGCUUCCGACCUCCCCCUUUCCCCGAGGAACUUCGGAUCUGGUCUUCACCGGCUGGGGAUCCCAGUCGGCGGCGGGCAGCUUGCCCUCUCAGUUGCAGCGCGUCCAGCAGCAACAUCUCAGCAGCCAGGCCUGCGCAAACCUACUCUCCGCCUACGAAGAUCUGGAGCUGGGUCCCGGCCACAUCUGUGCCUAUCGACAGGCCAACAUUGGAGCCUGCCACGGCGACUCGGGAGGUCCCCUGGUCCACCAGGGCACCCUCGUGGGCAUACUCAACUUUUUUGUACCCUGUGCCCAGGGAGUUCCGGAUAUAUUUAUGGAUGUCAUGUACUACUACGACUGGAUGCGACAAACGAUGAGUGGCAAUGGCAGGUGUGCGCAGGUCCAUCAGCAGACAAUAAUAGGCUGAAUAAAUGAUUUUAAACACA